ACGUAUUCUUUCAAACUUUCGAACCGUGUGCUCUUUGGCCUCCCGGGCCUGCACGAGCCUGCAUCUUCUCUCGGGUGCGCUUUCAGUCUCGUUCGACGUCUUUCUGCUCGAUCGAGUCGACACCAUGCCAGAGACAACUCUUGAAUUCGCUCCAAUGUUCCAUGCCAGCCGGGUUAUUUCGCCUUUAAAAGGCUCCAAACUCCCAGAAUCUGUUUGCAAUUUUAGGCGAGUUGGAAGCUUGGAUCCCUGAACUGGACAAUCUCAUUUAGUUUGGCAGGUUCUGGGCAUGUGCAUGUCGUAUGCUCAACUCUGUGGCAUACACUCUGUUCAAGAGCAUGGUCCGUUUUGGUAUCACCGUCGAUUGCAAAGGCUGCAUUCUUAACACAACGAUGAGUAUGAGUAUUUUUUAGAGAUCUUUGUUUUGGGGUGAGGGAGUGAUCAUAUUCAUAGAGCCACUCAAUGGAAACAGGUCGAUUAUCUAAACUCUAACUUGGCUCCGGGUGAAGCUACUCUUUUAUUUCAUAUCCUUUUGUACUUAUGAUAUGUUGUGGGGUAUUUCAUACCUCUCAAGAUACGUCUUCAUCUUAUAUGUGUAAUGGCCCCGUCUAUCAUAAAGGUUUGUUGCUUUUUUGGCUCUACAAUAUUAGGUUUCAACAUAUCAGUACAUUUGUUUUCAACACCUUCUACCGACGUUUACGCAACCUCCCAGAAUGGAAGGUGUCGCUAAUUUCAUGUCCGGUGCUGACUUUAAAUACCGUAGAGAAAAAAGAGGUCUAUAAGAGAGCAACCCAAUCUUGAGAUCAGCUUUUCAUCAGUAGCGAAGAUGAAUGGAAAUUUGAGAGCCAACGAUUAUCCGGAUGUCGAACGUUCAUAGAUGAACCGAAGACUUUUGCCCACGUUCGAUCUGAAAGAGAUAUUCCAUUAUUUAACUAAAAGUUACGCUGUUAUUCAUAACAGUCUGUUGUCAGUCAAAAAGCAUCUUUGUUGUCAAUGAUGCAUAAGAUGUGGGAACAUCAUCAAUGUCACAGAGAUCAUGAGCGGACCACAUUUCGACUGUGUACUGUAGUCAUAUCAUAAUCGAAAUGUAAAAAUGAUACAAUACUCUUUCAUCUCGAAACUUCGAUGAACUUCUCCGUGUAAAUCCUUAAUUCUCAAUCAUCUCAACCAGCUCCAUUACGUGCAACAAGUUGUGAGUUCACCGACUCUCUGUGGCCUUGGACCUAGGGUCUAGGAGAGAGACUCUAGCUCUACCACAUGCUGGGAGGGCCUGUGACAAGAAAGUUUAUUCAUCAUGAAUCGGCAUCGCUUAAGAUCAUGAGACGAGAGGUCUAUUUGACAUGUGAUAGAAGAGAGGAUGUCAGCUCAGACGAAAGACAAGAAUUUUGCCUGAGGGCAUUGUAUGUACAGCAGAAAGAAAGACGAAGAGCGUAGGGCACUAGAUUUCAAUCUCAAAGCUUGUUACAAAGCCAUUCUUUGACAACAUUCACAUGCCGAGAAGUUCGAUGUGAUAUCUGAGAGAUAGGAAACGAUUGUACAAAAUUGUCUGCAUGUAUGUCCAGAGGCAUACCUGACUGCGUUGCCUUGCCAGGCUCUUGCACAAUGCCACCUCCUUCGCGCAGUAUGAACAAACACCUGAUGCUCAUGCAGGCAUAGUCUUUGGCUCAUGUCUCAUGGCUUUGGAGAACUCUCAAUAUCACCAUCAUCAAUCGAGAAUAGAUUUUUGAGAAAAGUGCAUCAUGCAUGUCAAGGACGAAGAGUAGCUCACCAAUCUUCGUGCACAACAUUUAUAUUCUAGAAGGCUCGACAGCUCAUCUGGACAAGUGUUUAUGUCAAAACAUGUACGACAUGUCGACCACAAUCCACGUCCUUUCAAGCAUGCAUGAACAUACUGGAAGGCGACACAGAUCAUCAUCGGAAUAGAGGUACUAGUACGUGUGUCUUAGUUGCAAUGAACAUGGCAGUGAUGUCACGGCAAGUUUCGCCUCCGUGUUUUCGGAAACAUGGUUUUAGCACUUCAGAGCAUUGGUCUGCGAAAACAUUUUCAACUUGAUGUCAGAUCUCUUCGUGGGGCUUGAACGAUAGUCUUUCAGGUCGUCGAUAGUCAAGCUUCAGCUUGGACCUAAAUCUGUCGCUCAAGCAGGUGAGACCUACACGCUAAAUUCAACCGGGAAAACAGAGAUUACACGAGCUUCAUAUUGAUAAUGUGAGCUUGCUGGCUGCCAUGGAAUAAGCUGACCUUGAGACUGA